GGCAAAAUCAUGAGUAAUCCCGACGAGAGAAAACUGAAUACUGAGGAAGAGGAACAUGAAAGUUCCGACGACAGUGGCUAUUUUAGUAGCGAUGAAAAAGGAGAAAUUCACGAACUUGUUCUGGCCUUGCUGGCAUUGAGUGUCGCUGAAAGUUUUAAUGUGGAUGAAACCAUCCGUAAAGAAGCCGCAGUUGCGGCAACACUUAUUGUUGAUGCCGCUAAAGAAGCCGCUGGGGAGAGGGAUCAAACUGUGAGUGGUAAAGGUGGCUUUGAUGCGGCUCCCAAAGAUAGGAUCAAAGUCGGAAGACCACGUGUCUUAGUGGAAGCUCUUGCCGGAGCGUCUGGAUCUAAAGUCGUCGCUUCAACUAUGGACAAAGAGCCAAUUAAGAAGGCUAGAAAGAAAGGGUCGACGCAAUUGACCAACCCUCCUCAAGGUCCUCCCACAUGUAACAUAUGUGGGCUAGGUUUUGGUUCUUGGAAAGCAGUCUUUGGACACCUAAGUCUGCACAAAGAUUGUGGCUAUCAAGGUUUUCUUCCUCCACCAACAUUUAAUGCGGCUGAGGAAGGAUUUGGUGGUACGGUUGCUGCUUCUUCCGGUGGUGGAGGGUCUGGUUCAGGCACCGGAGGGUUGGCGAUUGAUCUGAAUGUUGUUCCUAUGGAGCAGGACGAAGGAGGGAGUGCAUCUGGUGUUACUCCAAAGUUUGAUCUCAACAAGUCACCUCCACAGGAAGACGGAAAAGAGGAUGAUAAAUCUAAGUGAAAAGCAUUCUGAGACCUUGCUAAAACAUUACAAUUUCAAUUUUCUUGUUUGUUUUCAAUAAUGUGCAUGUGCGCAUGCAAAUAAUCUUCCUUCGUAACAUUGUUUUCAUCUGUUUGUUUCUUUGAAGUACUCAAUCUAUGCUAUUGUUGCUUCAUAAUUUAUGUUACUUUCAUUGAGACUGGAAAACUGGAAUAAGA